AUGAGUUCCAAGAAAGGUGCACACCUCACCGAAGAAACGACGGUGGAGUUCAAAGCGAUGUUUGACACAUAUGAUUUUGGUGGAACGGGCAAAAUAUCCGUUCUGGAUGUUGCACCUCUAAUGCGUAAACUAGGGCUUAUGCCAUCGAAUAUUGAAAUUGAGGAAAUGGUGAUCGAGGUGGACAAAGAAAAGAAUUCAACAACCGAAGGCAUUUCGUUUGAACAAUUUUGCACGAUGGCCGCCAUGAAAAUCAAUGAGAUUUAUACCGAAGAGGACAUUAUCGAGUCGUUUCGUACAUUUGAUUUGGAGAACAACGGCUUCGUCUCCACGACCGAACUUCGACGGGCACUGUGUACUAUGGGUGAGAAAUUAACCGAAGAGGAGAUGGAAGCCAUGCUGGAACAUGCAAAUGUGGACGCGGAUGGGAAUGUACACUACGAGCAAUUUGUGCAUAACAUCAUGACUGAUAUGUAA